UCCCCUCUUUUUAUGCCUAAUCCAAUUCCCCUCUGCUAAUAAACAAGAUUUUAGAUAGUCAUUUCCCAAAUGCAAAGCAAACCCACCAGAACCUUCCUCUAGUUAAAUUUUCACUUCCCAAAACCCCUAUAUAAACCUCCCUUCACCACUCCUCUCUCUCUACUCUGUUUCAAUGGCAUCUCCUACUCCUCUGUUUCUAGUACUCUGUUUCACUUACUUCUCUGUCUCAUUCUCCCAAACACUCUUCCUCCCCCUAACCCACUCCCUCUCCCAAACCCAAUUCAACACCACCCACCACCUCCUCAAAGCCACUGCCACGCGCUCCGCCACCCGCUUCCACCGCCACCAACACCACCGCAAAACCAACCAAGUCUCUCUCCCACUCGCUCCGGGAAGCGACUACACUCUCUCCUUCACUCUCGGCUCCACCCCUCCCCAGCCCAUCUCCCUCUACAUGGACACCGGCAGCGACCUCGUCUGGUUCCCCUGCUCUCCCUUCGAGUGCAUUCUCUGCGAAGGCAAGCCCAACUCCUCCUUCCCCCCGCCCAAAAUCCCCAAAAACGCCGCCGUUUCCUGCGACUCCCACUCCUGCUCCGCCGCGCACUCCGCCCUUAGUUCCCGCUCUCUCUGCGCCAUAGCCAACUGUCCUCUCGAGUCCAUUGAGCUCUCCGAGUGCUCCUCUUUCAAAUGCCCGCCGUUUUAUUAUGCCUACGGCGACGGAAGCUUGAUCUCCAAGCUUUUCAGAUACAGCUUAUCAAUUCCCGUGUCAACUCCGUCGCUGAUUCUUCCGAACUUCACUUUCGGGUGUUCCCAUUCUGCCCUCGGUGAGCCUAUUGGGGUUGCCGGCUUCGGCCGGGGACUGCUUUCUCUCCCGGCCCAGCUCGCCAAGUCCUCUCCCCAGCUCGGUAAUCAGUUCUCUUACUGUUUGGUUUCUCACUCCUUUGACCAGGACCGAGUUCGGAAACCGAGUCCGCUCAUUCUCGGCCGGUACGAUCAGAAAUCGGUUUAUGGAGCUGAUGAGUAUAUCUACACCUCCAUGCUUUACAACCCGAAGCACCCCUAUUUCUACUGUGUUGGUUUGGCCGGAAUAUCUGUCGGGAAAAGGGUUGUUCCGGCUCCGGAGUUUCUCAAAAGGGUCGAUGAGAAAGGGAACGGUGGAGUUGUGGUGGACUCCGGGACGACGUUCACUAUGUUGCCGCAGCGGUUCUAUAACUCGUUGGUGGCCGAGUUCGACCGCCGAGUCGGACGAGUUCACAAGCGGGCGACUAAGGUUGAGGACGGAACCGGGCUCGGGCCGUGUUACUACUACGACGCCGUUGUGGAAGUUCCCGCCGUGACUCUGCAUUUUGUAGGGAACAAAUCCAGUGUGGUGCUGCCUAGGAAGAACUAUUUUUACGAGUUUACGGACGGUGGCGAUGGGGUGGGGAGGAAGCGGAAAGUGGGGUGUUGGAUGUUGAUGAACGGUGGCGAUGAGAAGGACUCGGGCGGUGGGCCCGGGGCCAUUUUUGGGAAUUACCAGCAGCAAGGGUUUGAGGUGGUUUAUGAUUUGGAGAAGCACAGGGUUGGAUUUGCAAAGAGGCAGUGUUCAUUGCUUUGGGACAAUCUCAACCAGAGGUAGAGGGGUUGACUUUUGCUCUGAGGUCAACGGGUGUUGAAUUUAUGGUGGGUUUGACCGCACGUGUGGGUGGUUCCUCGUAAACGGGUCAGGUUUUCGGGUAAUCAGGCGGGUUCGGGCUAAUGGGUUUCUAGUACAUUUGUAAAUUGGGGAGGUUUCUUUCAAGUGGUGCACUUCAUCCUUUGCAUUUUCUGCUAGAAAAUGUACACAUGUAAAUUGUUUAUGUAAGAGGUUUUGUUGUUGGAGAUGCAAAAGAUGAAGUGCACACAAAAAUGUGUAAUGUUUGAACUCUGAAGAUGAAUAUGACUGAAGUGAAUUCUUUA